AUGUCAAAGUUCUCCCGCUUCAAGGAUGCAGAGUAUGGGACCCUAUUCACUUUACUAGACAGCUAUAUACCUUUGGUGUUGUCGAUAUAUAGCAUUUCUUUCAAACUUAACAAUUUCUCUGAGUAUUUUCGAGCAAUGAUCAGGAUUUGGAUCAUGUUUACUUGCCUUCAACGCAGGCACUAUAACAAAGCACCACUUAUUUGGAUCAACAUGUGCUCUCACUGGGGAAAACAUGCUCCACAACUGUAUAAUCUAAUAAGGAAUUACAUUGCCAUUUUUGAUGAAUAUCCAGUGGAAAACACUCAUAGCAUACUCCGUUCACAGACAAAAGGUUCUGAUUCUGCGGAUGAACUUAGAAAGAAAGCAAAGUCCAUUUUCCAGUCAAAGGGUAAACAAUCACACUACAGGUCAUUUUUCACCACACCUAAGCAGUUUUCUUUCUCACACAACCAACUUCGCUUACUAAAAGUGAGAUGUGCUCAAGCACUGUCCUCCAUGUUUAUAAAAAUCUCUCAGAGUCCAGGGCAGAGUCAGUUCUCCUCAAACAACAGCUGCAACACAAGUGUUCCAACUCAUGUCACACUGCCAACAAUGUCCCCCAACAAAAAUAUGAAGAUGACUGUUUUACCUUUAGGGUAUCACUGUGAUAUCAAGCCGGAUCAAACAAAAAAAUGUGAUUUACCUCUGUGUAACAUUUCCAGCCAAGAUGAGGAUUGGACCCUCUUGCAUGGUUGUUUUCACUCAUUCCAUGAUGUUUGCCUUAAUGGAUCAACUUCAUGUCCACUGUGUAAGGAGUUUCUAAAAAAAAAAGUAAAAGAGCUUGGUGAGACAGCUAAAAAAGCCAUUCUACAUCCUGCAUCUAACAUGCAUGAAACUGAAUCCCAAACUAAUCACAGUAAUGAAACAUCAGCAGUGCCAACAUAUUUAUUAACUGAAAUCCCUGGGGUAGAAGAAGUUGAGAGGGAAGAGUUUGAUAGGGUUGCCAAACAGUUAAACGAUGAAAUUUCCAACCUAAAUCCAGCAACUCAACCACUCACAUCUUCCAACCUUAGCCAGAGUCAAACUUACAACCAAACCACACCUUCACCCAACAAGGCACCUCCCCACUGUAGACAAUGUCACCAUCCUGUUCGUGGACACAAGAGGCUUAACAAUGCACAGGUCAAAUGUUAUUUCUGUGAAAAUGGUACCUGCACAGUUAGUGAUGACAUCAGUAGCUCAAAUUGCCCUUGUUCAUGGCACACAGCAAACCAGCAUGAGAGUAAUCAGAGUACUUGCAACAACCAGUCAGCUUCAUUACCAACACCAGAUUCUCAGACCACUCUUCGCAUAAAUGUCACUAUUGCACAACAUCUUGAUGUAACUGAGUGGCUCCUGCCCUCAUACAUUUGCCAGUCCUCCAUUGGUGGAAGACCUAAUGGUAGUAAUGCCUGCACUGUGAUUGCAGUACUUGCUGCACUUGAUUUUCUGGAGGGAACCCUUCAAAUUCCCACGCAGUUACAAGACCUCAACAUUACUAUACCUAUGUAUACUAAUGUCAUGAUAAAAGGAAAUCAGUUAUAUGACUCUUUCCACCUGCCAAUUCAGCAACCAAAUUUGGAAGUCAGACAAGUCCUUCAGCAUGGAAAAAAUGAUAAACAUUUGAAGAAACUUGAAAUCACUUCAGACCUGGGUUUCUUUACUGUGAGAGACCUUGAAGACCACCUCACACAACACCAUCAUAUGCAUCCAUCAUUUGCAGCUGUAUUGAUUGUGCCACCAGACAAGUCAAUGGUACUCUGUUUCAAUCAGACAAGUAUUUGUCUUUUUGAAAGUCACACUCAUGGUCUCCAGGGGGGCAUUAUUGCCACCAGUUCCUCUGGAAAUGUCAGCCACUUUGUCAAAUAUCUAGAAAGGAUGGUUAUGCGAGACUGGAAGAAUGGAUUACAUGGAUCAAACAUAGCAGUUUUAAAGCUGAAAUAA